ACAUUAUACAUGUAUACAACAGUCUCUGUUCCUUUGUUUGCAGCUAAUUUAAGACACUGUAACUCGGAUCAGAUUACACCGUAUUUUAUGUCUUCCAAGCCAGUCGCCAUGUCAGAUUAUUAAUCUCACUGGCACAGAUUGUUGCCGUGACUCUGCACAAAUUGUAUGAACCAACAUUUUGGUUUAUUAACUUUGUCGUGGUCGUCCCUUGAGGUGGCAGGGAACGCUCCUAUGAACGUUAUUUUAGAUUAGUGGUACGGUUACACUAUAAUCCAGUUUCUCUGAAUCACAUUAUGAUGUUGUAUGAGUUUCUGUAUCUACUCUGUGUAGAAAUACACUGUGUAUUCUACAAUAAGACUGUAAACUAACACGUUAAGCGCGUAUUAUCCACGGUUUACUGUCUUGUGUUGAGCCGUGCCGGACACCAUUUCACUCACUUCAUUUAAUCCUAUCGCUUGGGCGCUUCCAGGCCACUGGCUAGAGUUACCUGCGUGAAAGUGACACCUUUGGCUCGUGAUCAUGUGACCUUGUGUGACACAGAUACAGGGUUUCCGCAGGGUGCCGGUCCUCGUUAUGUCAGCUGUGGAUCGUUCAAAACCAGCCUCCAGGAAACUGGCAGCAGUUAUUCUGCACGUCUUUGACUUAGGAGUAUUGAACAUGACCGUGAAGCAUCUCUUGGUGGAGUACAGCCGAGUGAACGAACGAGGCACCUUCUCUCCCGGGGACGCGCUCUCUGGACGGGUGACGGUGGUGACCAGCAAGGAGACCAAAGUGCAGCGUUUUCUGGUCCGAGCCAAAGGAAAAGCAGAGGUGACGUGGUACGAAGACGGCGGACGAGGAGGAGGAGGAGGAGGAGGAGGACGGGACACUGUGGUUCACAGCAACAAGAAGAGAUACUUUUACUUUGAACACAUUAUUCUGCAGGAUAAAAACAAAGGAGAUGGCUCAGAACUCAUUAGCGCCGGAAGAAAUGUGUAUCCAUUCACCUUUGUGAUCCCCAAUAAGGACAUGCCGUCGUCUUAUCAGGGCAAAUGGGGAAAGAUUACUUAUAGUUUGCGAGCACAGCUGACUCAGUCCAUCUGGCUCGUCCACAAAACCAAGAUUGAGUUCCCGUUUCUGACCAAGACCGAAUUCCCCUUUGCCUCCAAAUCUGAAAUGAUAAUCAUUGGUCUUAAGGAGGAGCAAAGUGCGACCAGGAUCUCAUUUUUCGGCUCUGGAAAAGUGACCAUGAACGCUUCCUCUGAGAAAAUGGGAGUGAAGCAAGGUGAGGCCAUGGCGGUCUCCGUCGAGGUACUCAACCACUCGGCGCGCACCGUGACGCCCGCGUUCUACCUCUGUGAGAAGCAGACGUUUGUCACGCCGUCGAAGAGGACGGCGCACACGUGCGACGUCCUCUUCGGGACGGGAGACCCCGUACCGGCUGAGAGCAGUCGCACGAUAACCAAAGUCCUGAGUGUCCCUGCGGAGACGCCUCCCACCUUCUUCAACUGCUGCAUGAUGAAACUGGAGUACAGACUCAAGGUCACUCUCGAUGUCCCACAGGCGGAGAUCAGACUCCCUCUGGUCGUUCUGCUCGGUUCACCAAAGCCACGUCAGCAAAAACCAAAGAGAUCCAUCUGGUUCAGGAAGCUUCCCGGUUAAAGGGGGACGCGACGUGGGAUCAAGAGAGGCUGGUGUAUGCAGUGAUGACUGGACUCAUGGCAACACAGAAUAAAAUAAGAUGUAGUA